AUGAAUGUUUAUCGUACAUAUAAUGGUGGUCCUGUAGGGUAUGGGGAUCCCAAUGACCGUACGCUUGGAGACACGGAAAGAGGAACACUUUUUUCAAAAUUUGUUCAAGAAAAAUUGAUGUUCGAUUUGUGUGCUACUGAAUGGAAACAUUGGCGAUUUUGUAUUCGAGCUCAUAGUGAUAGCUGGGUUCCUUCCCGCAAAUGCAAAGCUGAAUUUUCUCUUGUAAAUCAGUGCCAAAAUUCAUUUGUUCAAGAUCCGAAGAAGUUGAAGGAGCUUGAGGAUGAGUAUCUUGAUCGGCGAUCCCAAUUUCGUCGAACCGGUGUUGGCGUACGCUAUUUUACGAAGGAAAUGCUCAGAAAUGCCCAGGUCGACGACAAUUGUGAAGUAAAGUGA